AUCUAGCAUAAACAGAUCCUUCCAUCAGUAUCAUUACUGUCUUCACAUGAAACUCUUAAAUCUUAAUCCAAUACCAUCCAAUCACCAAUGUACGCCCCCUCUUUCACCUCCCAAACGUCUCAAAGAAAAGAGGAUAGGUUAAAUCCUAGAUUUCAAAGUACUGCUAUCUGAUUGUUACAUUAAAAUGAUCUUUUAAUGUACUCCAAGAACAGCAAAGAAGGUUUGUGAUAAUUAAAUGCUAACCGCAGGCAAAUGUGGACACUGACUAGACAGACUAUCUGUAUAAUAAUAAGCCCAUAUAAAUCAUUGUUUUCUAAGGAUUUAUGAGAUAUAAACUUCAAAAUACUUCAUAUUUUUAUAAUAACCAAAUGUAACUGAGAAGGCUCCUUAGCAUUUAAUUAUCACAGCCAAAAAAAAAAAAAAAAAAAAAAAAAUGAAGGCUCCUAAGUCCUUCCCCACGUGCCCACUUAAAACAAACAUCGGAACUCACAUGAUUUCCAGCUGCUGCUCUCACAGCCAAUAUUAAACUUUAAUCAGAGAAUGAUAGAGAAGUUUCUUUCCUUGCCUAUUCUUUCUUGUCCUGGUGGUAAACUGGUAUUCUUUCCAUUCACCUAACCUUUUGGAUGCUUUACCUCAAGCACUCUAAUAAGGAUAAUUAAAAUUUUAAAAAAAUAUAAUCUCUGAAGAUUCUGGGCCCACGUGUACUGAAAAGGGUAGAAAAUAAAAAAAAAAAUCGAAAGUGAAUGGGCCAGAUCACCUUUCUGAAAUCAAAGGAAAAAACAGAGAGACACCAGAAAUUAAUUCAAUUCCUGAUAACUAAUUUCUAAAUUGUUAUACUACGAGUACUUGUGUAGUUAACUACACCAGAAAUUUUCUUACCAGGAAACUAGAGCUUAAGAAGGAAGUUCACUGACAAUAAGGUCCCUUUACUCGUAUUCUCUUGUACCCUGUCCCUUAUAUCUCUGCAAACCAGAGCUUUACUACCAAUGUACGAUUAUACUAAUCGGAAGGGGAAAGAUCAAUUGCGAAUUUGACGUUUCAGGAUCGUCAAGUGAGUUUCGAAACGAGUCGUCUAAAAGUCCAAGAUGUUCAAGGUGGGAAGAUGGAGGAAUGAAAAGAUCAAAGCUGUAUUCAAAUUACAGUUCCAAGCAGCUCAGGUGCCAUGUUCCAAAUUGAAGCUGAUGAUAUCUGUGGUUCCGGUGGAUGUCGGCCAACCAACAGUUAGAUUGGGAAAAGCAGCGGUCCAAGAUGGGAUCUGCAUAUGGGAAAAUCCAGUGUAUGAAACAGUGAAAUUAACAAGGGAGACAAAAACAGGAAAAAUUCAUGACAAAAUUUACCAGUUUAUAAUUUCAACUGGAUCAUCAAAAUCGGGCUUCUUGGGAGAAGUUUUUGUAAACCUUGCAGACUAUGUUGAGGCAACUGCACCAUCCACAAUUUCCCUGCCAAUUAAGUCCUCAAACGCUGGAGCAUUUCUGCUGGUUACAAUUCAAAACAUGCAAGGAGCUGAUGAUGAAAGAGAGCUUCAAAGGGAUAUUGAAGAAAAUGGAGCAUCAAUUGCACAUGAAGACAGCUUGCAAAGUCGAGACAGCUACUCUCAACCAGAAGGGAACAUAACUAAUAAUACCCAUGAAGAGUACUUCAACAAAAUGGAUUCUCUAGACAAUGAAGGAAGAAAAGAUACAAGGAAUGAAAACACCUUGAAUGCUCUGUUUGAACAGAAAGAAAGUAGAACCCAGCAGGAGAAUGUCAGUGACCAAUCACAUCACGAAACGAGACCUGUAUCAAAAGUCCCCAGUCCUGCAGACAAGGAACAACAAACAAGAAAGCCCCUAACGCUAGAUUGGAGUUCAACUGAUGACGAUGAUGAUAUAAUCAACUAUGUGGACACUAGUGAUAAUGGUCUGAGAGAAAGAGAGCAAGAACCUCCCAAAAGUCUCAUUGAACAGCUCAAUAGAGAGAAUUUAGCUUUGAAGAGACAGGCAGAGAUAACUGACAUUGAGCUGCUUUCAUUAAGGAGGCAAACUGUGAAGGAAACAAAAAGAGCACAGGAAUUAACAGGGCAAGUGGUUAGGCUAAGAGAGGAAAGAGAUGCACUUAGAAGGGAAUCUGAAAAAAUCAGGUCAAAGAAAAAUGGAGAAAAUGGCACUGAACAUCCAAAGGAAAUGGGAGCUCAGGGUAAGCAGUCGAGGCAUCGCCACAAUGAAGGUGAAGAAGGCCAUGUAAAGGAUUUAAACAGGGCCAUUCGUUCACAGCUGAGGAAAACACAAGAUUCAAAUUCGGAAUUAAUUCUUGUGGUGAGGGACCUUGAAGAAAAGCUAGGUAAGAAAGAGAAGGAACUAGCCAAUCUUACCAGAAAAAUGACAAGUGAAAAGAGGCCAGAAGAAUUUGAAAAUACAGAUUCUGAAUAUGAGCUGUUUGGUGACAAACAAAUAGAAGAAGCACAAAGUCCAAACAGAGAUUCUAGAGAAAUAAAUCAGUUGCAACAACAGAUUACAAACCUGCAAAGUGAAUUGGAGGACAAUAUGAAAGAGAACAGAAAGCUUCAGGAGCAUAUUAAAAAGGUUUCUCUAGAUUGUGAGAUUGCAAAGAAGGAAAAUGAUGAUCUCUCUUCAAAGUUUAACCAAAAGCAGCUAGAAUUGAUUAAGAAAGAAAGAGAGUGCACACAAAAUACGCAAAAUGUGGAAGAACUUGAAUCUCAUAUAGCAAGGUUGGAGAAGGUGAUCAAAAAGCAAGCAGAAGAAUUCUGUGGAUCUUCAGAUACAAUGCUUGACCUUGAAACCCAAGUAAACAAUUUGAAGUAUGAAUUGGAAAGACAGGAGGCAGAAUUUGAAGAUGAGCUCAAAGCAGUGAACGAUGCCAAUGCUGAGCUCGAGCAAAGAGUUCUGCAAGCAGAGAACACCUUGAGAAGAACAAAACUAGAAAAUGUUACUACAGCCCAGAGGAUACAAGAGGAGUUCCGAGAACUUUCUGAAGAAUUAGAAAAAAAGUUUAAGGAAAAUGAAGAGUUGACUGCAACAGCAGAAGCUGAGGCCAGGGAACUACACAUUCAUAUUAACACUCUUGAAGAACAUCUCGAGAAAGCCACCAAGGAGCUUGAGCUAGUCCAAAAUCAAUGUAAAACUGAGGUGGAAACGCUUUCAAGACAGUUGAAAGAGAAAGAGAACGAACAAGAGCAACUACUACUUGCACACAAAAGUGAGACUGUGGAGCUUAACAGUAUCAAAAAGAAAGUAGAAGACAGAUAUGAAGCCUUGUCAAAGGAGAAUCAAGCACUCAGAAUGGAAGUAGAGAGGCUUACAGAAGAAAAUUAUUACUCGACAAAGAAGUUAGAAGAAACAACAACACUGGUGGAUGAGACAAAGAAGUCUCUUCAGGAAACAAAGAGAGAUAGGGAAGAGCUAGAGACUAAAUAUACCUUGGCAAUGACAGAAAUUAAAAGAGCAGAAGAGGAAAUGAAAAUCCUAAAUUCCUUAAAAGAAAAGGAAAGUGGUGCUAUGGAUGAAGUGCAAGCAGAAUUAGAAAAACUCCAAGUUCAGCACAAUGACUUGAAAAACCAAUUGUCUGAAAUGAAGUUGGAGAAUGAGAAUCUCAGAAAGCAACUCACCAGGCAGAGGGAAAAUCUACAAAAGAAGGACCAUGAGAUAGCCAAUCUAGAGAAGUUGAAGGACAGCAGCUCCAAAGAAGUAUCUGCACUUAAAGAGAAAGUAAAGCAGCUCAAGGCAGUCAGACCCUCUGGAAUAUCUGCUGACAGUGGUAGCAGGGUGGAUGAAAGAAAACAAAUGGGGAAAAAAGCACAGCAGUCAGUAACUCCAGGCAGGUCAUUGCAAAACGGGGCCAGCAGAGCAUUAGGAGAAAGAAGAGAAACAAGCUCGGAGAAAAAAGACACAGAUUCUGAAACCAGUGAUCUACUGACAGAAGUUACAUUACUGAAGGAGAAGAACAAAACAAUGGAAGAUGACCUCAGAGAAAUGCAAGAUAAGUAUUCAGAAGUGAGCCUAAAGUUUGCAGAGGUUGAAGGUGAAAGGCAACAGCUUGUAAUGACCAUACGCAACUUAAGGAAAAGUCAAAAGAAAUAAAUUAUUAUACCCGACAGAAUGUAGGUUAGAAAAUGAAGAGAAACAAUUGAUAGAUAUGAUGAUCCAGAUUGUGCACCAAGAAGCAAGACCACAUUCAUUAUUAAAAUUCUUUAGUCAAAUGUAAAAUUUAAUAUUUUUCUAUUAUAUUAAAUGGUGAUUAAGCUUCUUGGAAA